AUGAUGAGAGACGGUGUUGGAUCAUCACAGCUUACAAUUCGCUUAGUGUUGACAGCGAUACUCUCAGUUCUUGGUGGUGGUUUUCAUUUCGGAUUCCAAGUUUCAAUCAUCAAUCCAAUGUCUCAAUUGCUACAAAGUUUUCUACUCAAAAACUUUGAAAGGCGAUACUCCGUUGUUUUGACAGAAUCUGAACUAAAGUUGUUAUGGUCAACGAUUGCUGGCUCACUCUUUCUUGGUGCCGCAUUUGGAGCUUAUAUUAUGUCAAAGAUCAUAGAAGUUCAUGGACCAAAGCAUGGAAUUCUGUGCUCGGCAUUGGUGCUUAUGUUCUCUACACCGUUAGCUGGGUUCUCGCACUUAAUGGCGUCACCAGAGUUGUUUAUGAUCUCUCGACUAUUCUCAGGAAUUGGAGUCGGCAUGGGAACAACUGCUCAAGGCGUCCUUUUAGCGGAAAUCAGUCCAGUUGCAUUUCGCGGUGUAAUCAGUUCGUUUGGUGGUUUUGCGACGAAUAUCGGUUUCAUUUUCGCCAGUGCCUUAGGGCUUCCAGAUGCUUUUGGAAAAAAGACAUCAUGGCCGUAUGCAUUCUACAUUGAGAGCGUACCCUGUUUAGUUUCAUACGGAGCUGCGAAAUAUGAGCGUUUCAUUUCUAUUUUUUUUCCUCAUUUUUGA